CCAACAACAAAACCAACUCCUAAGCCUACAACAAAACCGACUCCUAAGCCAACAACAAAACCAAAUCCUAAACCAACUCCAAAACCAACUUCAAAACCAACAACAAAACCUACAAUAAAGCCAACUACUACAAAACCGAAAACUACAGUGAAGCCAACUGUUCAGACAACGACUAAAAAAUCAGUACCAAUAACACAAAAACCAACUACAACAACUCAGAGAUCUACAACACCAAAAUCAACAACGCCAUUGACCACAACAGCAAAAUUAGCUACAAGUUCUCCCAAACUUCCAGAAGUAACCAAAUUCAGCCCAGAUAGUUCAGUUAUAAAUGUGGCUACUAAUAAUGAAGUAGCUAGACUUCACUCUGAUUCUCAUCUUGGUAAUCUUGAUGACUCAAUUCUUCUUCAUGGUUUGCUUCAAGCAGCAUCUCAGGAUGUACGAAGGCCUGGCAGAGAAAGGGAGGGUGAACUUGCUGAUAAGGUUAUUGAAGCUGCACUUCAGAAUUCUGUUUCUCCUCAAAAACCAAUAGCAGCACAUGAAACAGUAGUUGCUCAGCCAAGUCAAAAAGACCUCACAGCAAACAUUCAGCCACAACAAAGGGAAUUAGCUGUGGCAAACAAGGUUAUAGAAAUGGCAUUAGAGAAAACAAGAACUUCAAGUACGCCUCCUACAACUGUUCAGCCUUCUGCACAGUUUUUGGAUCUAGUUGCAUUAUUGCAGAAAAACACAACUCCACGCAGACUUAACUCAGAUGAACAAUUCCUAGCUGCACUUCUAGGAGCAAACCUCAGAGGCACAACUACUAAACCAAAGACUACAACUUCUAAACUUAGUCCUGAAGAACAACUGUUAGCAGCCUUGUUAAAUCCUCAACUACAAGCUGCAACUACAACAAAAACUAAGUCUCAGAAUAAUGCUCAGACACUAUCAGAUGCACAGUUUCUUGCAACUCUUCUGGCAGCAAAUUCACCUCGUCCCAACAACAAAGCACCUGUUGCUAAAGCCACUUCUCCAGCACCCAUAUUUCCACAGUUGCAGGGUGCAAAUAAUGGUUUCAUCAACCCAUCUGCUAUAGAUUUGGAAGGAGUGAAUGGAUCUGCUGGAGGUCAACGUUUAGUUAAAGCAGCAAUUGAAGUAACCAAAGCAGUUUCUCAGUUCAUGAAUGUUGUCAUCCAGGGUGCAAGCCAGUCCUUUCAAAGUUUUUUCACAAGAGGUACAAAUUUGUUGGGCAAUUACUUUAGUUGGGGAUCAUUGCAAUCUUCUGCAGGUUCAUGAAAUUAAGAUUUUCUAGAACCAUUGGCAAAGAAAUACAGAUGAGUUUCAUGAGUAUGUCAUGAAAUUGGAAGAGAAAUGAAACAUUUUUCACAUUUAAGAAGUUUGUGAAAUAAUUUACAGCAGAUUAUCACGUGAAUGUCUCAAAGUACUGAGAAACUCUUAAUUGAAAUAUGGAAAACUAUUGUGAUAAGUGGUUUUUGUUUCAAAAAUGGUAAAAUAUUUCAACAUUACCUGCCCUUAACAUUACCUGAAAAUGAAGCAUAAAUGUUAUGAAGAACGAUCUUGAAACUAAAUCUGUGAUUGCUUCAGAGAUUCUGCCAAUGUAUUUUUUUUUUUGGUCCAAGGUCAGAUCAUUCAUAAGAGAAUAUUUGGAAGAUGUGAAAUCAUGACAAGAAAAUCUACCAAUUGUGCCAUUACACCAACAAUUUGAAACACCUGAGAUAGUUUGAUGUUCCUUGCAAAUGAAGUGAGCGAGUGAAAAGUAGACUCAAUAAAUGAAUGAAUGUUUUGUAUUAAAACUUAAAAGCACUUAAUGGAAGAAGUUAAGUUAAUUAUCUCAGGUAAUGAGGUGUAUAUUUUACUCAAUAUUGAUGAAUAUUUUUAUGACUGAUUAUUGUUAAUCAUAAACAAAGUACAGGAAUUGUAAUGGAAGAAAAGAGUUCUUAGAAAGUAAUCAUUGUCUUUUUAAUAAAGUCAUUUAGCUGGAAAGCAAAUAAGGAUUUUGAAAUUUCUUUUGAUUAGUUUCUAUUCUAUAAAAAAAUGUUCAAAAGUGGAAAUAUUCUUGAGCAAAUAAAGCAA